AAGCCAAGUUGGGUGAAAAUAGCGAGCAGUCAGUCACUGCUCGCUAUUUGGUAGGUGUUCUGAACUGGUAGGUGUUCUGUGUCACUGCCGGCGGAGUACGCGGCACUGGCGGCAUAUCUCGGUGGUGUUGCACUGCAUCGUGCGACGCGGCACUCCGCUCUUGUGGAAGUGUCACAAAGUUAUCCUUUCGCGGCAUUCCGGAAUUUUGGCGUUUCUGCUGCAUUUCGCGCGCCAACUGCUCUGCUUGAAAACAUCGUGACGGUGACGCCUUAUUUCGUCGCAAGCAAGCUUUCAACGAUGGGCGACCGUGCGAUUGUGGUGAAGUACUUUCGUAUUGCGGGUGUUGUUAGCGCGUACUGGCUAAUUUCAAUAUCCCUUGUUUUCAUCAACAACACUCUUCUGUCAGACAAGAAGAGGAAGCUUGAUGCUCCGCUGUUUAUCACGUUCUUUCAGUGCUUCGUGUCCUAUGCCCUGUGCGUAGUACUAAGCUUUCUCAGCGAGAAACUUCCAAGUUUGUUUCAUUUCCCCAAAGUUAACCACGACUUCAACACAUUGAAAAUGCUAAUGCCGCUUUCUGCCUUUUUCGUCGCCAUGGUCACAUUCAACAAUCUCUGCCUGAAGCACGUCGGCGUCGCCUUUUACACCGUCAGCCGUUCACUCACGACCGUCUUCAACGUGAUCUUCACGUACGUCGUGCUGCGCCAGACCACAUCAGUGCCUGCCGUUGCGUGCUGCGGCAUCAUUGUGGCGGGCUUUCUUCUGGGAGUAAACCAGGAAGGCCACAUGGGAUCUUUGUCUGUAUUUGGUGUGACCUGUGGCGUGCUCGCCAGUGCAACUUUGUCGAUGUACAGCAUCUACACGAAGAAGAUGUUGCCGGCAGUUGGGGAUAGUGUAUCGCUGCUCACCUUCUAUAAUAAUGUUAAUGCCCUGGUGCUCUUCUUUCCUUUAGUCAUACUUUUUGGUGAGGUGCCUGUCAUCUACAGGUUUCCAUUUUUGUCAGACCCUGUGUUCUGGAGUCUUAUGUUUGUCAGUGGAGUCUUUGGUUUUCUUAUUGGCUAUGUGACAAUGCUGCAAAUUCAGGUUACAUCACCACUUACGCACAAUGUUAGCGGUACAGCAAAAGCUUGCACUCAGACUGUGCUUGCAGUAGUCUGGUUUUCCGAAGUGAAGUCGGUUCUGUGGUGGAUCAGCAAUGGGUUGGUACUUCUAGGCUCAGCGGCAUACACACGUGUGCGCCAGCUCGAAAUGCUGAAACACCACAUGAACACUGCCAAGCCCGAGGGCAAAGGUGGCAGCAAAGACACCGUCAUGAAUGUUUAAAGUCUGUUGCUCUACUUUUGCUAGCAUCAGUUAGUGAACCUUGUAGUUCAUUUAAAAUCGCACAGUUCUGUUAGUGAUGCAGUGGUGUCUGUCAUAUGAUUUGGUGUGGCAUAUUGUGGACAGUGAGAAUGCAAAAGAGCUUUAGGGUAGUACAAUAGUGUGAAUGAAAGUUGUAUUUACGCCAGGCAAUGUGUUGAGUAUUCUGUAACUUGAUUGAAUAUGUUUUUUCAUCAUGGAACUUUUUAUGUUCAUUCAUAAUAUAUACUAUGAUUUUAAGUGUGUACUUACUGUAUUUUGUACACCUCAGCACGCACAUUUGGUGCAUGUGGGAUCUUUUUCGGAUUAUGCUUAAAGGCGGUGUGUGUAUCAUCUGACAUGGUCUGGAGCGAAUCCUGUGAAAAUAUUUCCUUGUGAUAAAUCAAGAGUGAUGAAGCAUAUGUAUUUUACAUCGUUCUUGUAAGACUAAAUUGCUUUUUUCAUUUUUCAUUUGUAAAGUAUUGUUACUAAAUACUGUGCUCACAGUAUUGAGCACUGUGAAUACCAUACAGCGCAGUAAAUACUGUGCUCACAAAAUAACAACUAAUCGGAAGCUAAGAUUAUAAAGGCGUACUGACACAAAAUUUCAUGGCAAAGAUAGACUGUAGGAUCAAUUCCCAUGAACAUGUGUAUAUCAUCUGCAAAAUAUCAACAGCGAGUAGAGCUUAAAAGGUAUUAUACAUCACUUUUAAAGUUAGCAUGCAUGUGGUCUUCACACCCUCGAAAGUGACCCGACGUGCCCCCCUACUUCCCUCGCAUCACCACGCUGAAAUCAAUGCAACAAUUUGUGAUGAACUCAUAACCACCAUUUUUUUCUUUUCUCGCAUUUUCUCCAGCAGACUACUUCGUGACAGCUGCUCGCGAGUCCAUAGUUGCGGUGCACACGUUGAAAGUUUUGUGUUUCGUGACACUACUGUCCCGUUUUCUGCUUAAAAAGACUUCCUUUCAAACAGUGUGUCACAGUUCUGUCAGCUGACUUGGUCGAGCGUUUUGCUCACUAAUUGGUGAUAGGUGCACCCGGCAUUUUGUCGUUCUUGGAGCUCUCUUAAGCCGAAACUGAGACUGGUCUGUAAUGGGGAGCCUGUAAUCAUCUGUCAUGUGCUGCAGGAAAUGAUGUGUCGUGUAAACAGGCCCCCAGCAACACAUUGCAGUCGAAACAAGCCAACAUUUUUGUGUCGGUACCCCUUUAGGCCCUCAACAACACAUUGCAGUCGAAAAGAGACCAAUAUUUUUGUGUCAGUAUUCCUUCAAGCUCAUUUAAAUAAUUUUUUAAGGAAUUAGUAUUACUCAAUAGGUGAAUUGGAGGGAAGUGGAGUUGAAGCCCUUUUGACAGGUUACGCUUGCAGAUCCGCAUUCAUCUCAAAUAGUAUAUAGUUCUAUUGUGUGUUGUCCCCAAAGUUCAUUAGUUUAACUUCUCUGGCACAACCCUAUGAUUUUUGAAGCCUUUCAGGAAUACUAUGAUUUCAGGAGUCUAAGAUUUCCCACAACAGUUUAGAGUUAUGUUCGUAGUUUUUGCUAAAUUCCCGUGGAUGUAUAGAGCCAUUUGUGUGCUGCUUUAUUCUGAGUUCUGCAACUCCAGCCAUAUAAGCUUAAGUGGAACUGUGAGUCAGAUUGUGUCAUUUUAGCAACUUAGCCAAUUUUUGCUGCUCAUGAAUGAGUAUAUUUUUGCUUAUUACCUACUAAAACACACACCCUUCUCCUUUUUUCUUAACCAAAGUCUGCACAUGAAGCAAGCACACUUGGUAAAUGCAGGAAAAGGAAAUAAACUUCAGUAUAUACUGAAUCGAAGAAAAGAAAGGACUGCUUGUUGACGGAUACAUUGUUCCUAAUUAUAAAUUUAUAAAAUAUAUUUAUGAAGUAUAAAACGGGGACCAAUUGGGGUUACAAGAUUAAACAAAGCAUUAACCCUUUCAGGGUCAAAGACGUACAUAUACAUCAUUCCCUGUCAUUUAUAAUGCGUGCCUUUUUCGGUCAUUCCUUAUGCUUGGCAUAGGCUGCCACAUUGCAGGAAUAUGGGAAGUUAUUUCCUUGCGCGAAUAUCUUCCUUAAUUUUUUUUUAUCAUUUACUACAGCGCUGUGCUGGCUAGUUUUGGUUUCAUUCUUAGGCCUGUUCCUGCUUGUUGUGCCUGCAAGACUGAUGGCUCACCGGUUUAGAAUCUUUUUAAAAGGUGACCUUUUUGUUACUCUCUCGUUUGUUGCUUCUAGGUAAGUGAUCACACUUGUCUUUGUGCUGGCGCUGACCGACACAAACAAUGCUGCUGUAGUUGCAUUUUUUGUUUCGGGGACCCACAAAAACGGCUCUGGUCUUGUUGGCGAUAAGACGGAGUAUUAUAGGUUUUGAACUUUCGCUAUGAAAGUGCGGACCAGUUUCUCUGCCGUUAGUGUGUCUAGUGGCGAUUCGUCCGAUCUGGCAGCGAUUCCACGGUUGUCGCUUGGCUGCGAAAUCGAUUCAGUAAAUGUCAACCCGUCAUAAUAAAGUUACUUGUAAGUUAAGACUUGGAUGAUGAGUUGGUAAAAUCUGAAAAGCGCAUGUAACGAGGCUAGAUUAAAAGUGGCUUUUCUCUCCCAUGUUUCUACGUAACGCCACUUUGUGCACUCAUUUUGGACUGCACACAAAUGUUUAUUUCCACGCAUAGCUUCUUAACAGUCGUGUAGGUUUUUUUUAGAAUUUAUUUUACUGUUACAAAUAAACAGUGUGUAUGAUUUUUUUGUCAUUUUACAGUCACUCAAAAUUUUGGUCAAUUUCUACCCUAAAUAGACUCAUCUAAAAAAUUCAACAUGGCAGUUAAAAAAAGAGAAUAUACAUUUCUGGCCUGCAUUUUGCAAAAAAAAAAAAAAAAAAGACCCUCAAAGGGUUAACAUGCCCUUUUUCAGCAUGUGGGACCUGUUGUUUCUUUUUGCGCGGUGGUAAUGCAACAUGUGUGUUUACUUCAAUGCAAAUGCUUUGAAAAGAUGGCCGCUACAUAGUGUUUUUCUUUUAAGCAAUACAGUUUUUAUAAAAAUUGUUUGAUAGCCAUGCUCCAGUCAUUUUUGCCCACCAAAUCUACCUUAAGGCUGAAAUACUGUGCUGUAGCUAAAGUGAAGUGACUAAUUAGUGAAAACUUCCAAUUUAGUCCUUGAUUUGAGGACAGUUGUUUAUAUGAGUAAAGCUGUAGUCUGGGACAUUUUACGACAUAUCCAUUUUUUAGAACUUUCUAUAGUUGCACACAGUCAGAAAUAUUCAUCAUCCAAUUUUCUCGCCGAUACUGAAACUGACUGUGCUCACUGUACAGUAAAUGUGGCCGCUAUUUUACGUCAGACUGGGACUUCCAGUGACAAGAAAAUGAUUGCACUUGAAUCGAGAUGCGUCGAAGCAAAAUGUGAUCAGGAAAAAUGGCAACUAGCUUCAAAUACGAAAGUCAACCGUGUAUUCUUUGCGUACAUUAUGUGGUGCUUCUGUAUCUCAGACUCAUCUCAAAACAGGAGACUGUAUCUCAAAACAGGAUCCUGCUUUAAUGCACCUUCAUUCAAAUUCCGUCACUUCUUUGCCACCCAAUGUUCCAGUCUUAAGUAACAGAGUGGCCACAUUUCUUCCAUGCUAGGCACAUUCAGUUUUUAUACAUGCGUGAAAAUCUGAUGAAUAUCUCAAAGUGUGGGCAACAUUUUCUCGAGUGCAAAAAUGUAAAGAGCAUGUCUGUCAUAGGACUUGUCUAAGAAAUAUGAAUUAAAAAAAUUCUGUUUAACUCACACUUUUGCAAAAUAACCUAAUCUAGUCACCUAUGUUUAGUUUGCAUACGUGUAAGUGAAACAAUUAAAGAUCUAUCUUGCCUUUUGC